UAAAUCAGAAAAACACCGACAGAUUUCUUGUUAGAUCCUGUGAUUACUCUUCGCGGAUUUCGCCGAGAACUUGCAUGUGCAGGAGUGACAGUACUCGGCCGGGACAGAAGGAAUGGGAUACCCGGGCAGAGCAGUGAGAGGAUGGAGAGGACGGACGCUCUUGGUUUGGGUCGCCGCUGUCGGCUUGGUUUUAGCAGCGGGACGGAGAGUGAGGCAGCCCAGGUGCCCCACUGGAUGUAUCUGCACCAAAGAUAAUGCCCUGUGUGAGAACGUCCGAUCUGUGCCUCACACUUUCCCACCCGACGUCGUUUCUCUAUCUUUUGUCAAGUCUGGAUUUAAUGAAAUCACUGGGGGAAGCUUUGUUCACACGCCUGCCCUGCAACUGCUGUUGUUCACAGCAAACUCAUUUGACCUCAUUGAUGAAGAUGCAUUCCUAGGUUUACCACAUCUUGAAUAUCUAUUUAUUGAAAAUAACAAAAUUGCAUCGAUAUCCCCAUUUGCGUUCCGGGGCCUGAAAGCACUGAUACAUCUGAGUCUUGCUUACAACAAUCUUGAGACGCUGCCCAAGGAUGUCUUCAAGGGCAUGGAUGCUUUGACCAAAGUGGAUCUGCGAGGCAACAACCUGAUAUGUGACUGCAAGCUCAAGUGGCUGGUGGAGUGGAUGCACCACACUAAUGCCACCCUGGAUCAGAUCUAUUGCAGCGGACCGCCCAUUCACCAGGGGAAGAAUAUCAAUGACCUGCUGCCUCACUCUUUUGACUGCAUCACAGCAGAGUUCACCUCCUAUCAGCUGCUGAAGUUUGAGUCAAUUUCAGUGGAGGCCUUCACCUUUGGCAAAGAUCAGUUUGUUGUGUUUCCCCAACCGUUUGCUGGGACAUGCAGCUUCCUGGAAUGGGAUCACGUUGAGAUGACCUUCAGAACCUAUGACACCAUUUCAAGCACCUCCACUGUGGUCUGCAAGCCCAUGGUGAUUGACAACCACCUCUUUGUCAUCGUGGCCCAGUUGUUUGGGGGCUCACACAUUUACAAACGUGACACCUCCGCCAACAAAUUCAUCAAGAUCCAGGACAUUGACAUCCUGAAGAUUCGUAAACCCAACGACAUUGAGACGUUCAUGAUCGAUGGCGAGUCUUUCUUUGUCAUCGCUGACAGCUCCAAGGCUGGCUCCACAACAGUGUACAAAUGGAACGGCAAUGGCUUCUACUCCCACCAGUCACUCCACCCGUGGUACCGGGACACAGAUGUAGAAUAUUUGGAGAUCUCAAACAAACCCCACCUGAUCUUGUCCAGCAGCUCCCAGAGGCCUGUUGUGUACCAGUGGAACAGGAGCCAGAAACAGUUUGACCGCAGGACUGAUAUACCAGAGAUGGAGGACGUCUUCUCUGUCAAACACUUUCAGGUGAAAGGUGAUCUGUUUAUAUGCUUAACAAGAUUCAUCGGGGACUCCAAGGUGAUGCGCUGGGAUGGUGCCAUGUUCAAGGAGGUCCAGACAUUUCCUUCCCGUGGCUCUAUGGUGUUCCAGCCUGUCUCCAUCGGCAAGUGGCAGUAUGCCAUCUUGGGCAGCGAUUAUUCACUGACACAGGUCUACCAGUGGGACACCAAGAGGGGCCAGUUUGUCGCAUCUCAGGAGCUGAAUAUCCAGGCACCUCGAGCAUUUUCUCUGGUGUCCAUUGAUGACCGGGUGUUCCUGCUCGCAUCCAGCUUCAAGGGAAAAACUCAGAUAUAUGAGCACCUCAUGAUUGAUUUGAGUAAUUAAACCCAUCGUCAAUUCAGGACAAAUUAUGUACACUACCAUUUAAAUGCUUUCUUCUGUGAUUUUGUUUAACUUGUCAGUCCGAUUUGAAUCCACUAGCAAUUCCCACCUUAUUUUCCAUUUGAAACAACUUAAUUAGUCAGAGUGCGAACUGACUAUCUUUCAGGAAAAACAAACCAUCAAAUCAUUGUUUUUGUCUGUUAUUCAACGUUGUAGGCCUACUACAGUACCUUGACAUACAGCAUAUGUUUUUGCUAUUCAACUCCAUAUAUUGUUUUUAUUUGUCUUGCAGGAAUUUAAUAGGAAAGAUUUAGGAAUUCGGUAGUGCUGAUGACCUUGUAACAAUAGCUAAAUGGUGAAAUAUUUCUUGAGGAAAAAUAGGCAAAAUGCGUCCAGGGUGACUUGCAGUUGUAUCCAAAAAAACUAUGGACACAAGAGUCAAUUUUUACUUAUAAUACAACAAGGCCUUUCAGGAAAAUUAACUUCACAGUAAAAUAGAUUAUUGAGUGUGGGAUGUAAUCAACUAUGAGGUAUGUGGAUUUUGGAUUUAAGCGGUGAGGUAGUCUGUGUAGGUUCAUCUCAUUUACUACACUGGAGUUGAAAGCAUCCAGGCUUUUUCAAUUAUGCUGAUUGGUGGGGAGCAUAAGGCGUAUAAAUCUCACAAGGCAUCAUCAUUUCUGUCACACCAGUUGUUUAGACUCUCAUGUGACAAAGUCUGGGUUGUUCGAUACGUAGUAGAAGAUGGACAAUCUCACAAAUGUAAAAGAAUCUUUUUCAAAUUGUAAUCUAAUCCAAGUUGGAUGAUAAUGCAAAAGCAGCAACACUGUAGUUAGUAAUGUUAGUAAUGUUUACAAAAUGCAGGUAGAAAUUGGACCACUUGCUGAGAAUUAUGUUCAUUUUUCUAGCGCAAUUUGGCAGCUAGUUAACUUGUGCUCCAUCAGUCUUUCGUAAUUACUUUACGCAUAACUGGGGGGGGGGUCUCAGUUCGGUCUACUCUCAGAUAAGCAAGACUGUAUGCAUGAUACAGACACUCACAGUGUUCCUGAUGAAUGACUCGCUAGAAGCAUCCCACUGUGUCAACCAGCCCUCUCUCUUUCACUGCACUCUUGCCCCUUUUCUCCCUCAUUGACAAAACCAUUAUUGUCUUUACUGGGCAACUAAAAGCCCGCCACUGUGCAGCACCUACUACCUGUGCUUUCACACGGUCCUCUUAUUCUGACACAAAAGAAACAUUAGAUGAUUGACAAUUUAACAACUUUCACUGACAACAAUUUGCCAAAUAUGUUUACGUUUUUACGAUACUGUGUAAAUGACUUUAUAUGAUAUUGCUUUUGUAUGUAGAGGGGACCACACUCAAUGUUAUAUUUUUCAUAGACAUAGAAUUUAGUGUAGACAUAUAGUUGAAAAAAAAAAACAAGGAUCACCUCCUUAAACACUGUGUAACAUGUAACUUCUGUAAAACAGUAUAGGCUUACUUGUGUCAGUCUAAUCUAGGGUAGAGGAUAUUAGCUAUUCCUUUGUCAUCUUGCUCAUUGUAUUUUAUGUACAGUGGUAAUAAAAUAAUACAAUGCUAAAUCAUAGAUGUAGUUUUUCUCAUUGUUAUUACUGAUUU